CAGAGGGAACUAGGAGAAUGUGCAUGUUUUAGGGUCAGACAGAAUCUGACUCUCAAAUGGAUGCAUCUGGACACAAGCAGUUGGGCCUUAACCCACCACUCCUGUUAUGCCAUAUAACAGUGCGCAUCAUUGUGUAGUGGAAGUGGAAAACUUCUUGUUUGUACUCGGAGGAGAAGACCAAUGGAACCCUAAUGGGAAGCACAGCACAAACUUUGUUAGCCGAUACGAUCCCAGGUUUAACAGCUGGAUACAACUUCCACCCAUGCAAGAGAGGAGAGCCAGCUUCUAUGCCUGCCGCCUGGACAAGAACUUAUAUGUAAUUGGUGGAAGAAAUGAAACUGGCUAUUUGUCCAGCGUGGAGUGCUACAACCUGGAGACAAAUGAGUGGCGUUACGUGUCUUCCUUACCACAACCUUUGGCAGCCCAUGCAGGAGCCGUUCACAAUGGCAAGAUAUAUAUUUCAGGAGGUGUUCACAAUGGAGAAUAUGUCCCCUGGCUGUACUGCUAUGACCCUGUGAUGGACGUCUGGGCCCGAAAACAGGACAUGAACACAAAACGAGCGAUCCACACUUUGGCUGUAAUGAAUGACCGACUGUAUGCCAUUGGAGGAAACCAUUUGAAAGGUUUCUCCCACCUCGACGUAAUGCUUGUGGAAUGCUAUGACCCUAAAGGUGACCAGUGGAAUAUCCUCCAGACUCCUAUCCUGGAGGGCCGCAGCGGUCCUGGCUGUGCAGUCCUUGAUGACAGUAUUUACCUUGUAGGAGGAUACAGCUGGAGCAUGGGGGCCUACAAAUCUUCUACUAUUUGCUAUAGCCCUGAGAAGGGGACUUGGACAGAGCUAGAAGGAGAUGUUGCUGAGCCACUUGCAGGACCUGCUUGUUCAACUGUCAUAUUGCCAGCCUGUGUACCGUACAACAAGUGAUAGUGGAGGAGCACUGACACGGACACUGAUUGCAUUUGGGAAAAUUAUGACGGGUGACGUAAAUAUUUUCUUAGAACAGGAUUCCUGGUAAACAAAUCUACUGUAAUUGACCCUUUAUUCCAUACUUAAGCUUUAGGAGCAAACUAAAAGAGAACAAAAAGAAAGCGUUGUCCCAUCUCAGAUAGAAGCCAGUGUCUUAUGAAGCAAGUAGCUAAAACACACCGAACAUUACAUGCUGACAGACUGCCAUUUCAGACUGAUUUUAACUUUUUCCUGCUGCAGAAAGAUUCCUCACGUCAAAUCUAACUUUAAAAGUAUGAAGGCUAAAUGUUCAGACACAGCCUGAAGAGAAAAGAUCAGUAUUGUGCAUUGUAUCUACCUGCAUGUGAUCUGUGUUGAAGUCAUGAGGAUGUUGUUUUCAUGAAUGCUUCAGAAUUCAGAUAGUGAAAAGCUCACUCUGCAUUGCAGAAUUGUCUCCUCCUGUAAUCCUAACCUAGAGCUACUACACAUGCUCUGCAAGCAACACAGGAUCAGAAGAUUAUAGAAGGUAAAGAAAUGUCAUUCAGUUUUUGCACAGCUUGUCAUCAAAUACACUCUGCCUUCAACGUCCCCACAUGUAAGUGUAGUGGAAACCAAGACUACACUGAAACCCAUGCUUUACUGAGCACUUCUUUCAGUAGCCAGUCUGAGGAUUAGGGUCAAAUUCUCCUUGUCACAUUUGUGUAAAGUCAGAGUCAUUUCACUGAAAUCACAUGGAAUGACUACUUUCAUGUUAGAAUAGCAGAAAUUCGGUCCUAUACCUUAAAUUCUGGGUUCAUAAAGUAAGUUAUUUCUAUAACCAAGUAAUGAAGCACCAGAACCCUUCCUUAGCUUUUCUCACCCACCCAUUAGGAGCAUAUGUGCUAGUUGCUUCCAAAGACAACAAGACUGCAUUUAACUGUAAAUGUAUUACUUUGGACUAUUAAAUGAUUGCACACAAUUUUAGAAGGGGACUGCUGAGUAGUUAAAAUACUCCCAUGUGACUGGUCUUAAACGUAGCCAGAAAGAUUUGUAUUAUUGACCCAAAGUAACAUGAGGCUGGACUUUCCACUGCCUUGUAGCUCAUGUAAUUAUUUACACAAUGCAAAGCAAGUUCAGAGUGCUUUAUUUCAGACUUGCUUUAUGAACUCUUAGUUGCUUACACAAAUCAGACUGUCCAUGUUUUAAGCUUAUAUCUUUCUAUCCUGGCAUUGCAGAAGCAGUGACAAAAUCUGAAGUCUGGUAUUUAACAUAAUCGUCUGCACCUCAGCAAAAUAUAUGCAGAAUUCUUCUAUUGUGGUUUACUGAUGCUACAUCCAUUACUCUCAAGACCAUCUUCCUCAUUGAUAUAAAGUGAUAUUGCUCCAUUGAAGCCAGUGUGCUUUGAUGUGCUUCUGGCUUGUGUCAGAUAAGAAUCUGGCCUUUAAUUUGCUUAGUUUUAACUGGCUGCACCACGUAAGAGGCAAAACAAUCUCACAUCUCGCAUUUUCAAGCUUGUGCAUAUCUUUCAUGAUAGGUUGUAAUGCUAAUGCGUUAAGCAAGGAGCAGAUGACUGCUGGAGGUUGGUUUCUACUGCAGAGGCAAUAGACAUGAGGAGGAACUCAUUAUUUGCUUUGCAAAAUAGAAAGAGGACGAAUGUAUUCAGAAAUUACACCAUAUAUUGAAGCUUGAGAGCAAUAUAAAUAAUGGAGAGCAAAUACUGCGGGACUGUUUCUUUCUGGCAUCAGUCCAGUUUUAUUGCAGUACAACUCCUGCAGAAUUACGCAGAUGUAAAAUUGGAGUAAUGCAGUGAAGACUGAUAAGCAUACAAAUGCAAUAAACCAAUUGAUGAAGUAGCUGCAUGCCUGGAAAAAGAAAAUGUUUAAACAAAAUAAUUAUCUGAAGAUGCUAAUAUUUGAAUGUGUCGUUGGGGAAUUUUCCAGUGAGCAUCACUAAGGAACUCGUAAAGGUGGAGUGUAUAUCCUGAAAUCUCAAUCCAUUUCUACUAUAUAGUGCAAUCUUAGUUGGUUUUGUAUUUAUUUAUAUUGUUCAGAUCCAAGGGAUCCCUUGUAAAAUAUAUUUGGUGCAAUCAUGACUUUUUUUUUUUUCCUGUUGAAAGUAUAUAAAUAUAAAUAUAUAUUAAAAGGAAACUGUCAAGAUACUAAACGAGGAAACUUAGAACAACAUUUAAGAUCACGAUAAGGUCUGCCACUAAACACUGACUGUCACUUGUCUUUACUGAAAUGUACCAUCUUAAAGGACAUUUGUUGUCCUUUUAAGUGGUUCUUUUUUUUUACCAAGAUAAUUUAAAGAUUUAAGAGGUCUCUAUAUAAAUCUUUCUAUCUUUCAGGAAGGCAUGACCAAGGAAAGUGCUAACUGAAUAAGUCACAAAGAGAAUGUAAAUUUUGUACAGUAUUAGACUGUGUAAAUGAAGCUUGCUCGUAGGGGGAAAACUUUAAAUAAAACUUUAUGUACUAAUUCAACUGUCUGCCAUAUUCCUACUUAUAAAGUGUAUGUAUAAAUAAUAACUACAUUAAAUUCUUUGGAACUUUUUUAUCAUGUAGAUGUGUAAACUUCCU